GGCCUGCGCAGAGGGGCACUGGUCACCUGAAAGGAAUGGCGCCGGCGGGGUCGCAUAGGCCACAGAGGAGGACUGCUAGCUGCGAGCAGAGGAGGCUGAGGUGAGGUCGCGGCGGCGGAGCGAAGGGGAUGGUUGGCGGCGACUUCGCGUUGGCGGAGCAAGGGGCUGGUUCGUCGUCGUCGUGGCAGUCGAGGAGGGAGAUGGUCGAUGGAGGGGAAAGGAAUGGCGCCGCCGGAGCUCGCGACGGCGAGGUCGCACAUGCCACAGAGGAGGACUGCUGGCUGGCGGCUGCUGGCUGCGAGCAGAGGAGGCCGAGGCAAGGUCGUGGCGACGGAGCGAAGGGGAUGGCUGACGUAGAGCGGUGGCGUCUCCCUUCAGGGUCGGGGAGGGAGAUGGUUGAUGGAGGAGGCCGGAGGCGCAGUCUCUUCGCCGUUCAGGGCUAGGCUGGCGGCAGGGAGAGUGAGGGGCUCAGGGCUUCGCGAUGCAGAGAACAGAAGGGAAGGGCGAAGGGGUCGGUGUUCGAUUAAGGUUUAGGGAAUAGGAGGGCGGCGUCGUUUUAAGAAAUGGGGGGAGGGGGUUAUAUGUGUCGGUUAGUCGGUUAAGCGAUGGUGAUAACCGUCGGUUAGCCGGUUAACCGCCAUAGCUAACCUCGCUACCGAACACCGCCCGCAGACACAGACACAUUUUUUGGUUAGUCGGUUAACCGGUAACCGCCGGCUAUCGGCCUAACUGGCCAGUUAACCGGCAACCGAUAACCAAACGUCCUGCCCUAGUGCUUACCUAUUAUACAGUUUGCAUCCAAUCCCAUUCCUAGAACAAGUACAUCAAAGAAACAAGAUAUCAUUCAUUGAAAAUAUGACCUAACCUUAACUCAAUUGUUAGGAUAAGAUGUUCAUCUAUUUUCUUCUAGCAAAAUAUAACUAUAGUUUCCUU